AUGGAUAAAGAUGCAGCUGCAUCAGGAAGGCCUGCGAAAUUGCAGAAGCUGCAUGACCUGAGAAGGGGUGUGCCUUAUGUUUCGAAGUCGGCCUUGGAGGGUAUCCUGAAAACCAUUCAGGAGAAAGGCAUCCCCGAGGUUGUUCACACAAAGGCAAUGCUUGAAGCAACCAGAAAGGAGAUAUCAUCUUGGAAUGCCUACGGCAGCCUUCUUCAAACUUGCAAAGUCAUCGAUGUGCAUGGUGCAGAAAAGGAUCUCAUGUUCGUGAACUUCCACAGCUUCCUGCACGGACUCUUCAAGCAAGGGGGUUCCUUUACAGAUCUUUUGAAAAGCUGCCACAGUCGGAAUCCAUCGAGUGCUGCCAACCCAUAUUCGUUGGUGGUAUACAGCGACGAAUGUUGGCCUGGAAAUGCCCUCAGUGCAAAAAGCAAUAAGAAAUCCUGGGCACUUUAUUGCUCUUUCAAAGAGUUCGGCGGAGCCGUUCUCGGGUGCGAAGAUGCAUGGAUGUGCUUGAUGUUCCAGAAGACAAACUUCAUCGGCAAACUGGACGGCUCCAUGAGCCAGGUCUUGAAGAGGAUUCUUGAACACGUGUUCUGCAACGAUGUUGUGAAUCCUCAACUCACUGGAGUACUGCUGCAAUCUCCUGAUCCUGAGGAUCCACCAUUGCGGCUGUAUUACAGGUUCAAGAUCUUGGUCCAGGACGGUGCCGCACAGAAGUUCUGCCUGGCCAUAAAGGGGGACUCUGGCACAAAGUUUUGUGUCAAGUGUAAGAACUGUAUCUGUAUCAAGUCCAGACAAUGCGACAAUGAUUCAGAUGCAGAGGAGGACCUCUUUACUGCCAAGUAUACAAAGAAGUCACAAUUGCACCUGGCAAGUGAUUCGGAAGUACUUGACAGCUGGCAGAGGAUGGAACAACGAUUUCUUUCCGAGACACCGAAGGUGUUUGCACAGUGGGAGCAGGCGACAGGGUUCUCGUUUUCUCGCGAAGCUUUGCUGGGUUCUACGAGGCUCAGACCUUUUUUGGAACCGGUGAGCUGUUACAUGCACGACUGGAUGCAUGGAGUUGUGGCGAACGGAACUUUGAACAUCGUCGGCUACCUUUUCCUUCAAGCAAUGCAAGAGCAAGGUCUUCAGAGUUGGUCUUCUUUUCGGGACUACCUCGGCUUCUGGGUGUUGCCUGCAGCUACCAAAAAAGCAUGCCCGGAUCUCCCUAGUUUGUUUGACAGCAAGCGGGUGGAUGCAUGCAAGAAGAGUAGCAAACUGAAAAAGCAAGCUUCUGAGCUGUUGUGCAUCGGGCCCAUCUUGUCCCACUUCGCAUCAACUGCAUGUGCUGGGGCCGCAGAUCAAAGGCCUUGCAAGGCAUUGGUUGCCAUGGUUUUUUUCUUGGAGCUGUUGACAUCUGUGGUUCAUGGAUGUGUGCGAGGAAAAGACUUGGACAAAGCAGCUGAGCGAGUCCUUCAGCUGGUCGUGGAAAACGACUGGGAAGCUUGGAUGGUCAAGAAAUUCCACUGGAUGCUUCAUUAUGGAGACACUUUGCAGCUGCACAAUUGCCUCAUUCCAUGCUUUGCUAUGGAACGAAAACACAAGCAGUUGACGAAAAUUGGAUUUCCUAUAAAGAACAUGAGAGCUUAUGAACGGGCAGUGCUGGAAGAGGUCGUUUCCGAUCAGCUCUUCAACUUGAAGCAACCGGGCCGUUUCGACAUGUCGUGCAGGCUGCUUUCUCAAAGUUGCAAGGCCACUCGGGCCAUGCAGGAACUUCUGGCCCAGCAUGGUGUGACGAUGGGCCAAGUCACCAUCUGCAGAACCUUGAAGCUUGCUGGGGGCGGAUCUGUUUCAACUGGUGAUGUUGUGUUGCUGAAGAUGCAGUCGGCCCUGGCUUGUGGCAUUUUGCUGGCCAACUUUGACAACGGCCAGCCUCACAGCAUUCUUAAGUUCUUGGAUUUCCAGAAGACUUUGGCUGAUGCUGCUGAGUGGAAGGAGGCACAUGACAAUCAAGCACAUGUGGUUAGCAGCUUUGGAAUACUGUGUGCUGUGACUUAUUCCAAGUCCUCGGAUGUGUAUCGGACUUUGCUGCCGUACCAUGCUCGCAACCUUCUGGCAAGAGGGUCCUGA